AUGACGGAAACAGUUGUUGCACAUAACAUUGGCGAGAAAAAGAGAACAAAUGAUGUUCUCAUAAGUGAUAACAUUGAUUUUGCAGGUCUGCUUUUAUCUAACCCAGUUCUGCAAGGAUUGAAAAGCUCCGGAUUUGAAAGGCCAUCACCUAUACAACUGAAGGCAAUCCCUUUAGGAAGAUGUGGCUUAGAUCUAAUUGUCCAGGCAAAGUCAGGAACAGGGAAAACUUGUGUGUUUUCUGUUGUUGCUCUGGAGGGCUUGCAAACAGCCAGCUAUGCUUUACAGGUGUUGGUGCUAGCUCCUACCAGGGAGAUUGCCAUUCAGAUCUGGGAGGUGAUCCGAGGCAUUGGCCGAAACGUAUCACACCUCUCUUGUCAAACAUUUAUCGGUGGUAUGCCACUUCAAGAAGAUCGACAGAAACUGAAAAAGUGUCACAUUGCUGUUGGAACACCAGGUCGUAUCAAACAGCUUAUAGAGAAUGGGAUGAUGUCGACAGACAGUAUUAGGAUGUUUAUCUUGGAUGAGGCAGAUAAAUUACUGGAGGAAGGUUUUCAGGAACAAAUCAAUUGGAUUUAUUCAUCCUUGCCUGAGAAUAAACAGAUGCUCGCCUUGUCUGCUACCUAUCCAGAGUAUUUAGCUCUACAUCUAACUGCCUACAUGAGAAAUCCUACCUUUCUUCGUCUCAACAUUUCUGAUCCUGCUCUUCUUGGAAUAAAUCAGUAUUUCCGGUCUGUGCCGUACCAUCCCAUGCCUCACAAACAAUUCGAGAACAAAACCAAGGUUGUCACUGAGAUACUGUCUUCUGUGAAUUUCCAGCAAUGUUUGAUCUUCUCAAAUCUGCAGACAAGAGCUCAGAACAUGGCUGACAGCUUGACCAGUCUUGGAUGGCCAACGGCUUGUAUUGCAGGAUGCUUGGACCAAAAAGACCGCAACGAGGCCAUGAGUAAAUUGAAGACGUACAAGUGUAGGGUUCUCAUCUCUACAGAUCUGACAUCCAGAGGAAUCGAUGCAGACAAAGUGGAUUUGGUGAUCAACCUUGACAUUCCCAAAGACCAUGAGACUUACCUGCACAGGAUUGGGAGGGCAGGGCGGUUUGGAACAUUUGGUGCUGCUGUAACCAUCAUCAGCCAGGGACAGGAAGAGCUUGACCUUCAGUCUGUAGAGGGCAGAUGUAACACUCACAUCUCACCACUACCUUAUCCAAUACCAGAAGACCUUCCGAAGUCAGAAUGUAAGAUUACUAUCGAUGAUGUGGUUUCAUCCAAACAGAUCAUCACUUCACCAAAAAAAGGAAACACCUUCCUCCAAAAGAAAACUAAUAAUAGACGUAACAAAAAUAAACAAGAUAAAGACUCAUCGUUUGAAAAGAAAACAAAGGAAAAAACCUGGCAGCAGGUUGAGUCUGAGGAGACUGAUGGUGCUAUGUUGACUUCUGAAGUGACUGAUGGUGCUAUGUUGACUUCUGAGGAGACUGAUGGUGCUAUGUUGACUUCUGAGGAGACUGAUGGUGCUAUGUUGACUUCUGAAGUGACUGAUGGUGCUAUGUUGACUUCUGAGGAGACUGAUGGUGCUAUGUUGACUUCUGAAGUGACAGAUGGUUCUCAGUUGAAUUCCGAUAACCUCAGUGGUGACUCUAGUUUACAAAAUGGGGUCACCAGUAUUGAUCCUAUGGAAACAGUAAAUGAUACUGAAUCUGAUCUAAAUAUAGCAAGGAGUACUGAGACAGUUCCAAACAGUACAGAGAAGAUUGGUGACAAUUCUGAAAAACAAAAAGUACAUGACACAGCUCUUACAAAGCAUGAAAAAGAGUCUGUUGAUGUUAAAACACAAAAUCAGAAUUUGAAAAACUUUGUUGUUGAAAACAGUAAUCAGAAUUCCAUAUCUGUGUCAGCAAAUGGAAACAGUAUGGUUUGUACUAAUGUUCGUCCUCAGAUUCCGUCUUUCAAACAUUCUGUUGAUUAUAAUCCUGUUUCUAAUCCUCACACCUAUGAGAGUGCUAAAUUAGACUUGGAGGUUUACAAGAAUAGCCUUGGUAAUGACAAGACAGCUGGUGCCUACAAUAGACAAUUCAAGGUCAAGGUUGCUUCCACUGCCCAUCAUUCCGUUGAUCCAACUGUCAAACAGGAUUUACUUAAGAAAAUAUCACUUGUUCUUCAUAAUCCUGAAAGUAACCCCUUGAGAGUGUCUGAAAGAGUUAUGACUGCUGAUGUAACAGACAGUGUGACAGAUAAGGAACUUACAAUGAAACCUUUGUCGGUAUUAAUUUAUAAUAAUGAAAGAGAGAAACAGAACUCAUCCCAUGAUAAAGAUGAAAAGCAAUGUGACUCUGGUUUGUUAACAUUUAAACAAGUGAAGGAAACAAGCCAUCAAACACCAGGGGCUGUCAGGGACAGUAAUACAGUUCAAAAACAAUUUGUCCAGGACAGUGAUACAGUUCGGAAACAAGUCCAGGGCAGUAAUACAGCUCGGAAACAAGUCCAAGAGAGUAAUACAGCUCGGAAACCAGUCCAGGAGAGUAAUACAGCUCGGAAACCAGUCCAGGGCAGUAAUACAGCUCGGAAACAAGUCCAAGAGAGUAAUACAGCUCGGAAACCAGUCCAGGAGAGUAAUACAGCUCGGAAACCAGUCCAGAACAGUUAUACAGUCCAGAACUCUGUUAAAGACAGCAAUUCACUCUGGAAAAGACCUGGCUUAGAAAGUGAUACAUCCAGGAAACAACAUGACCAGGGCAGAAGCACAGCUGGAGAUCAUGCAUCAACUAGAUCAUCUGUCUCGGGAUCUAUAUCUGAAAUUCACCCCAAUGCUGAACUCUCACAAAUCCCUGGUGCACAGCAGGCAAAACAAAACAAAAAUAAAAAUCAGGAGAAAAAGUCAGUAAUUUGUAAAACCAAGUCACCUGACAAAGCAACUUAUAAAAGUAAAUCUUCUGUUACCAGGACAACCAGUGAAUCAUGUGACAUUCCAGCUGUCGGUAGCCAAGAGCCCUCCCUAGCAUUAAUGACUGCCAUUGCUAAUGUUAUGAAAAAUUUGUUGAUUCAUGAGAAGUGUAACGAUGAACAACUGGAGGAGAAAGUUUUGAAAUUUUUGAAAAAAUCCUUACAGGCUGACAGGAUGAAAAAUGAUGUCAGAGAGGUGAAGGAAGAGUCCGAUAUAUCGGAGACUGAUUCAUCGUCUGAUAGUGAAUCUUCUGGAGAGGAAUCCGAUGACGAGAGGACACAGGUCGAAGAGGAUGGCCCGUUAGAAGAUCAUCAUUACCAGAAGUUUCUACAGGGUGAAGGAUACAGAAAUGAGACAGAGUGGGACGAAUGUAUAGAACACAGUGACGAUGAGGAUGAAGAUUAUACAGAAUAUGAACCUUAUCAAGGAAAUCCUAAAGUGUCAGAGUUUUCCCCACAAUAUCCUCACUGGAAUACAUGGGGAUACCCCUAUCAUGUCUCAGUGCCACCCUGUUACUACCCCUAUCCUGUUUACUGGUACUACCCGAUGUAUGCCAGUUAUCUGCCCCUGGAGUACCAGCCUUGGGGCUCCAAUACACAGACCAAGCAAUACCUACAGACUGUUAGAAACAAUCAGGCACAGUACAUACAUCAAAUGCUUCAUAAAACAUAGCAGUCCCUUUAUCUGCGUCUUUUCAGGUUUAGAAUAUGUACUGAUGUUUGUGGUCAAGUCUAAGGACUUUAAAAAAUGUGUCCAUUGAACUAAUAAGGUUCUCAAUACUACAGUGUAGACUAUGUUUUGUAAACAUGAAUAUGAAAUUGUUUUCUUUACUUUUCAACUCUAUCAAUUAUUCAUAAUUUGUGUUUUACUCUCUGCAUCAAAUAAAAAAAUCCACUAUUUUCUAUUAAAGUACCUUAGUGACAGAUUGAAGAGCUACUAACACGAGCAUUCUAUUUUUAGUAAUCAUUUAUUCACAUUGGUUUCGAUCAUCCAGUCGAUAUCAGAAUUGUUCCCAUUACACUGAAUUCAUCCUUCCUCGUGGAACUGGGCAGGCAGUGGGUGACAGGGUCCUGAUGUCUUGUGCUAUGUAUUUCUCACAUUAAUUUUCAAUCCUUGCAAAACAUGUAUGCAAGGGAUAUUAAUUUGGGCUCCUUCCAUACGACUGUCUGUCUGAGUGCUUUUCCAGGCUAUAACUUCAAAACCGUUCAAUUCAACUUCACAAAAUUUUAGUGACCUAGUUAUGCCUUUUCCACUAAACUCAUCAAAACUAUCUAUAUAUAAUAGGGUAGUGCCCUAGAUGUGCCCUUUGCUAUUGAAGACAUUUCAUUUUUUAAAUUUUGUUUUCUGUUUCCAUGACAACAAAGUAAAAAAAAAAAAAAAACAUAGCAUUAACUUUUCUUUCCGGGCUAAAACUUUGAAACUGUUCCACUCAAGUAGACAUUUUAUUAGCCCACCAUUACCAGAUGUGUUGUCUGUCCGUGAACAAUUUUGUUAUUGCUAUUUCUUGAGAAGUACUGGAUGGUUCUUUCUCAAAUUGUAUAUGUUCUCAAAUUUCAUGUGUAUGUGUCCUAGAUCCCUAGUUGUGCCUGUUUGAUUUUGGUAGUGAUCAGAAAAAGGAAAUUGGUCACAGGCAGCCAUCUUUGCUUUUAAUUUUGAAAGUUUGUAAACGUUACUUCUUGAGAAAUACGGCAUAGAUAUUUCUCAAAUUACAUGUAUAGGUCCCUCUUUGUCCUUAGUUGCCAGUUUGGAACUUAUCAGAAAUACAAAUUGACUGACAGGCAGCCAUCUUUGGUUUUGCCAAGUGAAGAUUGUUAUCCCUAUUCCUUGAGAAAUACUGAAUAGAUCUCUCAAAUUUCAUAUGUAUGUUCCCUUUGGUCUCAUCUUGUGCCUGCUCGAUUUUUGGGACUGAUAAAAGGAAACUAUAAAUGGCUUCCAGGCGACCAUCUUUGAUUUGGCAGGUAAAGAUUAUCAUCCCUAUUUCUGUAGAGGAAUGCUGAAUUUUCUAAAUGUUAAGAGCAAAAACAGAAAAGAAGAGAAAUGAGGUAAAAAUCAAACUUUCAAACAGCAAAUAAAGAUCAAACAAUGGUGGAUGUCAAGAUCCCUAUGGAAUCUUUUGUUAUUUAUCUAUUUAUCUAUUGCCAUCAAAUUUUAUGAUUUCUUGUGACUUCUUGUAUUACUCCAGGGCUUAUAGAGUGUUGCAUAAAUUUGUCCAUGGACAAUACCAAACUCUAUCCACAUAUCAACAGUCAAACAGACAGGAUCUACAUCAAGAUAUAAAUUCUUACUAUAAGGUUGAUAUAUGAAAUAUAUAAAUAUAUAAAAUUGCAGUUGAGGAGACGCAAGGAAAUUUAAUUGAUAACUGACAAAUGAAGACUUUACAUUUUGCACAGACACUUUCACUGUAUUAGAUCUUCAAUUGAUAGUAGCAGUAAAUAAUUGAUUGACAACACAAAUUGUUAUAUUAGUAUGCAUAUUAUAUUUGGGUUUUACACCAACAGCUAGAUGAGAGGAAUAAUGCCACACUUUGAUCGUAUUUAAUUUUUGGAAGUCACAAGAGACAUAAUUGAGCAUAAAAUUUGGUGAAAUACAAUUUUCUUUUGUCAAAAUUGUUUAAUAAUGAUUGUUAAUAUUGAAAGCUCAAUCAUUGUACUCAAUUCUUUUUAAUUACUUUAUUUUCAUUGUUUGUCAGUAGCCACAGCUAGGAGUAAACAGUAAAAUAUUUCAGCACAACAUAUUUCAUGUAACAGUAAAUCAGGCGUGAAGAUACAUACAAUAUUCUGGUUUACCAUUCCACUUUGUAAGUCUAGACUAUCUUAAGAAGGAUUUAUAUCAGGAUUUAGUUUCAAUUGUGAGUAAUGUUUGUGUAAUUGCUUGUUAUUGUGAUAUGUAACACCUAUCAUUGUGAGGUGUCCUGCAAGGCUUGUUAUGUAACACAAUAAAAAUACAGUUGAAUUUUAUAACUGAUUAAA